UCUACUUCCUCCGAAAUAGGAGUCCCACUAUAAGAGAUUCGAUGUAACCCGCCUCCUCCUUGCUCCACCUGCGUGGUUCCAUAUUUGGAAAUUGAUUGUCCACUGCGAGAAUCCUUGCAGGGCCGCUGUGACAAAAACCCUCCGGCCUGGGCGGUUGCUUGAGCGGGCCGAGGGAACGGAUCGUUGAGACCCAAGAUGUCUCGCCUAAAACAGGAUGGAUUUAGCGCUCUGGAGUCGUCAGGUCGCCCUCCUGAGUGCUUGAUGGAAUGGUAUUCGUUUUUGGGGUGCAGAUUGUCGUGGAUGCAUAGGAACUAUUGUGCUUCUUGGGCAAUUUUAUAGUCAUUUGAUGCAUAAGAUGGGAUGGACACCAUGCAACCUUCUGCUUCCUUGCCAUUACCCUCUUUUUUUUUUUUUUUUCCCCCGUUGUCUUUUCCCUACUUUCCUUCCCUUCUGCCUUCGUCUUAUCUCAAUCUUAUUCCACAUCCCUCGUUUCCCGAAUGUCGAUCACUGGACUGAGAUCUCCAUUUGUCUCAGAGAGUAUGUCUGAAAAGGCUUGACCUCCCCAGCCCACGUCGACACGCCCGCGUAUACAUUGUCUCUAGUCGCUUGCCUGGCAUGGCCGAAGAACCGGUGAUACCCCCACCACCGGGGUUCACCUCGAAUCUUGAACACCCGCAGGAUGCCCUCCACACGGUCAAUUUGGUAACGCAACUGCUAUGUAUCAUCUUUGUUACGAUUAUCGUCAUACUGCGCCUAAUUAUCAAUAUACGUCUUCGGAAACGCCUGGGACUGGAAGACUAUACAACAUUUGCAGGAUGGGUACUCUUCCUUGGGUUCUGCAUCAACAUGCUUGUUCUAAAUUCUCACGGCGGCGGGUAUCAUGCCUGGGACGUGCCAAAGAGUCAGUUCCUUGACUUCCAGAAGGCAUCCUACGCAAUCACGAUCAUUUACGUCCCCACGGUGUUCGUCGUCAAGCUUGCCCUUCUCUCGGUUAUGCUACGGAUCUUUGCCCCAGAUCGCCGUAAAGUCCUUGUGAUCCACGCCAGCUUGAUUGUGCUCCUGUGUUACUAUAUCCCCGCCCUGUUCAUCAAAAUAUUCUUUUGCAAACCCAUUUCGGCAUAUUGGUAUGGAAUUGAGCACGGUGGGUCCUGCAUUGAUCAGCAGAAGGUCAUCAUCGCCGACUCCGUCAUCAGCAUUGUCAGCGACCUGUGGAUCCUUAUUCUACCGGUACCGAUGCUGUGGUCACUGCACAUGUCGCGCGUGAAGAAGUUACGGGUCAUCGCUCUUUUGGGAGCGGGUGGACUUGCUACAGCAUUUAGUAUCUGGCGACUAGUGAUCAUGGUGGAGGAAGCCCAGACAACUGACACAACGUGGUUUUGGAUACAUGCCGUGUUGACCGCUAACGCUGAAGCAGGUAUCGGCCUUAUAUGCGCCUGUCUGCCCGCCUUGAGCUCGUACUUCGUCUCUGUCAAAAACAAGAGCAGCAACGCCAAUAGUGGCAGCUACUACGUGCGCAGCCAUGAGCUCGAUAAUUGGAAGAAACUUUCUGCCUCGAGGAAGAGCCGCGUCGACCCGGCCUCCUUCACUCAACAGACUGACCAAGCGCACCUCAUCUCAACCGCAGAAGGCGUUGAGGGAACCGAGGAAUCGUUGGUGAGCCGGCAGAACAGUCAUCCCGAUCGACCCGUUAUACAUAAGGACGUCGUCGUGUCUCAAAGUUACGAAUUUGUAAAAUAAUACCCCUUCGAUAAUCAUCAUUCUUUUCUUUCCCUUGUGUACAACGUAUAUGGCCAGGUCAUACAUCAACGGUUGGAAUUUGAACAUUUAUGACUCAUGAAAUUAUGGCAGGUGGGAAUUCAGUCCCAACCCCAUCGAGUUAC